AUGCCUUUGCUUGCGGGGCCCUCGAGCUCGUCGCAAGAGGCGCUCCUCCGCCUUGAAAAAGGUAGCAGCGCAUCCCCAACUACCCAACUUCACGAAGCAGCACAGAUUCUUGGUGUGGACCUGAAAACCUGUGAGAGUCAUCCGGAGACACACCAGGAUGCGAAAAUCCAGACAAAGGCUACUCCGAAGGAGGAAUGGGUGCUCCGAUGGUUGCUGAAAAGACUCCGGACUGGGAAGAACUACCGCGUGGACCCAGCUUCAUUCCUAUUGCUGCGGCAGCUCAUUGGCCUCAUCUCGCCUAAGAAUUUGGCGACAAUUCUGAAAGAUCAAGGUUUUUUCUCGAUUCUGUGCGAUACAGUUGCGGACUUAGAGAAUGACAUCUUUGCGACGCUGGGCAGUGGUGCCCCGACCACGAAUUUCGAGUCCGACUCCAGCAAUACGAUGGAUGCGCAUCCCACGCAGGGGACCAAGAGGAAGAGGGUUGUCGGAGAGAAUGAUACCGAGUCUAUGCAUCUAGACGAGACACCGCAGAAUCCCUCCUCGUGCUUCCUUGCGUUCAUUCGUGCUCUGGACUGCCUCUAUGGCGUCGUGACCCUGGCUCAGCGGACGCUCGGCGUGGAUGAAGUGGCCAACUCUCACCUCAAGUUGGCGCUGAGAGGAGAACCCGAAAGUGUUGCAACUUUGUUGGGCAGGUCACUUCAGAUGGCUGCCGUUGCCGUCACGCAAUUCUCGCAGGCAGGUAAAACAACCGAUCUCCAGCACCUACUGCUGGUCUUCCCUGCAAUGCUUGAGCUGUGGGAGUCAAGAUCCUACCGCCAAGACGACACGAACAACAAUUCAAGCAAUGAUUGUUUUGCCAAGUCUUGCUUUUCUCACGCUCUCCGGCUUCAACUCUGCCUACGAAGCAUCAAAUUCGACACUGACGAGAGAGCCCAUCUUCUCCAUGCCAUUGAACGCAUCGUCGCUCUCCAUGUGUUGAUCCCAGCUCGGGAGGCUUUCUUUGCCCGCGGCGGCUCUGGCAUUGACUACUCCAAGGAAGAGCCGGAUUGGAGUUCGGUGAAACCGGUGACUGAUACAUUCAGACCCAUCAUUGGCGAACUUUCAGUCAUCCAAAUGACACCAAAGAAGCCUAACAAUCGCUCUUUCCACCCCUCGUGGCGAUCCAUUGAGCUUCUUCCGGAGCUAUUCGAUAGCGCCGUGCGUGCUGUCCCAAGAGAUGAUUUCAGACGUCAGACACACGAAGCCCCUUGGCUGGAGACUUUGUUCGUGGCAGUUGCGGAGCUGGCUUAUUCCACCGCAAAGGAUGAGGAGCCGGCUACGUUCUCUGCCAGGUUCAUCUCUGUGCUGGAAGACCUUUUGCGCAUUGCUCUCGAUCGAAGUGUUGGCCUAUCACUGCAAACCAUCCUUACCCAUGCCGGGUAUACCGGUCUCCUCGAGCAAGGCCUAGAGCAGGUUCAGUGGAAUGUCACGGCUCUGGUUAUUAGCCUUGGCGUUGAUGUUUUCUUGCCCAACUCAGGUCUACGCGAUGCGAGCAAGCUACUGGAUGCGUUACUUGACAAGAUCAUGCUUCAAUGGCGCAGUGAUUCUUCCAAGGAUACUAAAGUCUACAAUACGAUUAAGAAUAACAUCGUCAUCCCGCUUCUGCGGGGCUUUGCAGGCGCGAGAGAUUUGACAUCUUUCAUGGAAGUUUGGCAUGAUCAACUUAUCAUCUUGGAAGAAGCCCGCAUCCGCAACAACAGUCUCCCAUUCUUCUCUGUCUGGGAAGAUGAUGACUUGUGUGAUGUCUUUUCUGAAUUGACGCGGACUUCACUCACGAGUGUCAACUUUGCCGCACAGCUGCAGACUGCUGCAACUGCAACUCGGGCUGAAAAUGGCAAGAUCUCCGAGUCCUCGGCGUCAUAUGCGAAGUUCGUUGUGAUGGAGGCCACUUUCCGAAGCAAGGUAUUGACGGCCGAUUCGGAGGAGGUUUUGGCACAGUUCCUGGAGACAUUGACAUCUACUCUGUCAUCGAAGCAAAUGUUCCACUGGCGCUGGCGCAUGUGGCGGUUCGUGCGGAAUCUUCUGCAGAACAAUUUGCUCGCCGCCGAUAGUAUUCUUAACAAGGCUACAAAGCCUCUUGUGAGCAUUGCUGCAAAGUCCCUUCACCGCAAUCACAAGAACUUGGCCAAAGCACCACUUGCUCCUCUGGAGUCAUGGGAGAUCUAUCGGUUCGCUCUACUAGUUGUCAAGGGAAAGCCCAGCGAUGAACAACUGGAAGCGUUCACCGAUAUCUCCAAGGAUGUUACCAAAUUGGUCUCAUCAAUCACCACAGAGGAUUCUCAAGCCUCGAUGGAGGCGCCCUGGGACGGUCGAAUUGAUACCUUGUGUUCACCAGCCACGCUAGCUUUGGCUUAUACUUUGGCCUUAGUGAGGGAACCUGAUGCCUGGGAGAAGGUCAAACCCGAGUACCGGUCGAGCUUGUUGAAGCAGCUCAUGUCUCUGGCCGCCGUUCAGUACCACUCGUCCUCCUUGCCUCUGGAGACUGUUGCUGAUAAUGCGCGGUUCCUUCAAGCAUGGGCGAGUGUUGUAUGCCACGAGUAUCUGCUCAAUGUGCCAUUCAUUGUGCCGGACCUAGUCCUUCUGCUCACCAAGAGCCUCGAAGACGACGUCUUCAAUCGCCGUCUCUACGUGGAAAGCGUGCAGCGGAUCCCUGCUGCCUUGAUCACCCGUGGUCUAAGAACUUCCCUGCUGGAUAAGCUGCAUGAUAUCGUUGUUCAGCAAGACAGUGCGCCCGAAGUGAUCCUUGGCCUUUUGACUAUGAUGGCAAAACUCGCAGCCAUGCCCAAGUGCGAUGCUAAUGUCACGAGCGACUGGGAGCCGAUCUGGACAGAGGCCCGUGCCAUCUCCCUGGAUGGUACUGAUUUGGAUCUGCAUAUCAUGAAGGCUUUCCGCAGCUUGUAUCGCGCUGUCAUCGCCAAGCUGCUGGUCCUGUCACAAGACGAUCGAUAUGAGACAUUCAAAAAACUGUAUUCCAGAGUCUCCAAGCAGGCAUCCAAGCUUCGACAGAUUGACCGUGAUUCCAUGGCCUGUUUCUUACUCCGCCUAUCUUUGUCGGAACUGUGGGUUCAUCGCAAGGAGUUGGCCAAGGCCUUCUCAGAGGAUGACUUGGCGUCCUGCCGUCAACGCGUGUUUGGAUUGGUGCUGGCUGACAUGAAGUCCGUCAAGGAUCAGUGCAGGAAGCAGAAGCUAGAGGAGACAAUCACCCUCAUCAAGACCAUCGAUGCUCUGGAAGACUUUGAGGACCUGGCAACAAACAACAUUGAGGUUGAGAAGUUCCUUUCCAAGCUUGAGCGUUACAUGGAGAUGUCGAUCGACUCGGCUCCGUCGCGCUUGAUCCGCCGGCGUCUAAUGGCCUCCAAGGGAUCGGAGAAGAAGUCUACCGAGCCAAUGCUGCAAUGCGCCGAGACUCUUACCCUCCAGUCACUGUACGCUGAGGACCAACAGCUCUUCAUCCGAGCCACCACAGAGCGUUUCCGCUCGAUGACCGGAGAACAGAUCAGCGAAGCAAUUCAGGAGAUCCGUGAGCUUGGCUUCAGUGGUCAACACGCCGCAUAUCGACUGCUUGUGGUCUACCUUGCGGUCAUCUCCCUCCAGCCCGUUGAAGACAAAGAUAGCCCUAUUUCUCGCGAGCUCUCCCAGCUCAGCCAGUCACUUGCAACGACGCUCGUUCACAGCACCUCAAUUGAUCAAUUCUGCUUCACGGCUGAAACCAUGGCCCUUCUUCUCCGCGUGCACACUCGUAGUAUGGCUCAGUGCAACGUCGAUGACAUGCUCGCCUCCAUCGCUACCGCCGCCUCCAAGAGUGGCCCACGCAUAUCACCCGAGUACGCCCCCACCAUCUACACCCGUCUUUGCCGCUUGAUGGGUAUCAUCCUGGGUCUACAGCGAGUCAAGAUUGGCGGUCGCUUCCAUCUCGUCGUCACUGCCAUGCAGCGGCUACUCGGCUGCCUCUUCGCACGCUCUCGUAAGCGCUCACGCUCCAACCGGGCCGCAGUUAUCUCCCACCCCUUCUGGCUCGCUCCCCUCGACGCCUCUCACACGUCCAACUUUACCCGCCUCCUCACUUCUCUCAGCGACCCGACUGUCUCUGCCGUACUGCGCUCCCAGCCUGGCAUGUCUCGCGAGGCUCUAACCGAUGAAACGAAGAAAGCCAAGCGCAUCGCUGGCCAGUACCUCCAAUACGUGAUCAUGUCGUAUGCGCAGUGCUCGCUGCGUGGGUCAUUGGUGCCGGAUGUCAAGGCCGCCCUGUUGCCUGGUCUGUAUGCGGCGCUGGAUGUGAUGUCGCGGGAAUCGAUGCGGGCGAUGAACGCGGGCUUGGAUGCUUCGGGUCGGGCCGUGUUCAAGUCUCUUUAUGAUGACUAUGUGAAGUUUGGAAAGUGGAAUAAGGCGUGA